CAUAUCAAUACUGUGAGAAAAAAGAACCAUAUCAUAUUCCUGUAUACCUUCACGUCUCUACUAGAGCCCCCCAAAAGAGUGUCAAACAAGAAUAUAAUAAAAAAAGGAAUGAAGCAUAAUAAUGGGAACAAGUGCCGUGUGAUCAUAAGAAGCCAAGACAAAGCUGCGAGAUUUUGGAAUCGUCUCAUUUUUGGUGGCCAUGAAAGGUGAUGUUCCAACCAUCUAAUUCCAAAUCAAAUCAAAGGCCAGCAUCUCAAGGCUCGUGAGAACACAAGUAAAACACCAAGAAACAGAAAACAUCUCCUUCAAGGCAACCUGCUAAAAGGCAAUUGAGGCCAAAGCAUGUUAUUCUCUCCUGUCAGGCACUUACAAACACUAACGUCCAAGAUGUUUUGGACGAUGUCUCCAGCCCUUAUUCCCCUCCAAAGUCUCUUUGCCCCAUGCUCGCAUCCACCAACCCAACUGCUUGUGCACCCACAACAGCCUUACUCCCUUGGACUUUCCACAAUUCCUCUUGAUUCCUACUCUCCUUUUACAUCAUCCGGAAUCAAUCAAUUGGCACAACAACACAUCAGUUAAAAUGCAACAAGACAUCACCUCUCUCUCUCUCUCUCUCUAUAUAUAUAUAUAUAUAUAUAUAUAUUGCUAGAUAUAUAAUACCAUAUAUAUAUAUGCGUACUCAUACGCAGUCACCCAGACAUAAGCACUCCCACACAACACACGUAACAGACUCACAUCUCCAACGGCCAAACCCAAUUUGUCUCAAAGUUUCAUCUUCAUGAGGAGGCAAAGCAAUGACCCCACAGUCCUGCACUCCUCCAUUGCUCUCUUGCAAGAGAGAUUCAGAAAACUGCAGAAAGUUAAGGAGAUGAGGGAAGAGAGAGAGCUCCUGAGAGUAUUCACUGAUGCCGAAGCCGAAGCCACCAUCCUCGACAACGCUCAUUACGAGAGCAAAACAUGGUUCAUCCACCCUGAGCUCAUACGUCCUACCAGAUCUCUCCAACCAUAUCCUUCCACCACCCAGCUUAAGCGCCACAGUGACAGCAUGGAGUUGCAGAUAUUUGAUACCUCCCUUUCAAUUGCCUUGCAGUCUGAUCCGCUGAUCAAGCACUCCUCCUCAGCAAGCUGUUUUAAUGACACCGAAGUUGAUACUACUCUUCACCUGUAAACAAGACUUGAUAUAUGUUUGUUCCCAACCUGCU